AUGAUACAGGUACAAGUUAAUGAAGAAACUGAAGAGCUGUUGAAUUCAUUAGUUCAUAAAAAAGUAGAGAAAGUUGUUGGUUCACAAAGUAUCAAAAUAUUUAAUGUUAUAUGGAAUUCUGAUGGAAUUGAUCCUGAUAAUAAUAAAGAACAUCAGAAAUAUUUAACACAAUUCUGUGAUACUUUUACCUCAGAUGUAAUAAGUCUGAUAGCUAAAGCAAAACAUGAGAAAGAGAACAAAAUACGACAAUCUGAAUAUUAUUCACAUUUUGAUGAAAUUCUUCACCAUUUAAAAUUCUGUUUAACUAAAUGUGAAACUUUCUGUGGACAGAAAGAAAUUUUAAAUAAAGCUAAAGACUACAUAUUGGAUGAUUCAAACCGUAAACCAUUGGUCAUAUCAGCAGAAUCUGGGGCAGGAAAAACUUCACUUAUGGCCAUGAUUAUGAAGAAUUUAAAGAAAUGGAUUAAUUCUGAUUAUAUUGGUAUAAUUAGAUUUCUUGGUACCUCACCUGACACUAUUAAUAUCUAUAAUGUAUUACGCAGUGUUUGUGGUCAAAUUGCUGAUAAUGCAGACACCAUCAUGGAACCAGUAGCUUAUAAGAAAAUGUCAACAUUAGUAGGAUACAUUCCAAGAUUUUUACGCAGUAUGUCCACCAAACUACGUAAACCUGUUGUUAUUUUAUUAGAUUCUAUUGACCAAUUGACAGAUGAUCAUGAUGUAUUCUCAAUGUUAUGGUUACCACUAUUUCUACCUCCAAAUAUAAAGAUCAUUAUAUCAACAUUACCAAAAGAGCAUGGUAUCCUGAAAAAUCUCCAAAAGAUUUUGACAGAGCCUGAUAAUUUUCUGCAGGUCCCCAUCCUGCCUCCAGAAACAGGGAAAGAAAUAAUUGAAAAAUAUUUGAGUAAAAAGAAAAGACAAAUCACCACAAAGCAAAUGGUUUUAUUAUUAUCACAAUUUCACCAAUCACCAACACCAUUGUAUCUUAAAUUAUUAUUGGAUGAGGCUUCAACAUGGGCAUCAUAUACAUUAGAGCGACAUAUAAAAACAACAAGCAACAUUCAACAAGCUAUAAAUUUUCUCUUUGAUGAAUUAGAAAAGAAAUUUGGUCGUCAGUUAAUAAAGAGUGCUCUUGGAUUUAUUACUGUUGGUUUUAAUGGAUUAUCAGAAAUAGAACUAGAAGAUGCAUUAUCUUGUGAUAAUUAUGUUUUAGAUGAAGUAUAUCGCUACCAUAAUCCCCCUGUACCUAAUCUGAUACGUAUACCACCUGUUCUAUGGGCUAGAAUACGUUUUGAGAUACAAGAAUACCUUGUUGAACGUUUAUCUCAAGGAAAGACAACUGUGUUUUGGUAUCAUAGACAAUUUAUUGAAGCAGCUACUAAAAGAUAUGUUACUGGUGAUGAUAAAUAUACACUUCAUAAAACGUUGUUUGAGUUAUUCUCAGCAGAGAAUGGUGUGUAUAAAGAUAUUCAUUUGAGUAAAAGAAAUUUAUUAUUAAAAUCAGCUGAUAGACAGGUAGUUCCACAAGUCCUAUCUAGUGUGAAUCCUAGAAAACUAGAGUGUAUGCUACAUCACAUAAACCAUGGUGUUCAUAUUAUUUCAGUAGAUACAGCUAAACAAUCUGUUUUCUGUAAUUUAAACUAUAUU